GUCUCCGCUGCCGUAGCUGGACCCUGCGCACCUCGCCACCUCUCAGCGUCUGCACCUCCCCACGAUGGCUAAAACAGCAAUGGCCUACAAGGAAAAAAUGAAGGAGCUGUCCAUGCUGUCACUGAUCUGCUCCUGCUUCUACCCGGAACCUCGCAACAUCAACACCUACACUUACGACGAUAUGGAAGUGAAGCAAAUCAACAAACGUGCCUCUGGCCAGGCUUUUGAGCUGAUCUUAAAGCCACCAUCUCCCAUCUCAGAAGCCCCACGAACUUUAGCUUCUCCAAAGAAGAAAGACCUGUCCUUGGAGGAGAUCCAGAAAAAGCUGGAGGCCGCAGAGGAAAGAAGAAAGUCUCAGGAGGCCCAGGUGCUGAAACAGUUGGCGGAGAAGAGGGAGCACGAGCGAGAAGUCCUGCAGAAGGCUUUGGAGGAGAACAACAACUUCAGCAAAAUGGCGGAGGAAAAGCUGAUCCUGAAAAUGGAACAAAUUAAGGAAAACCGUGAGGCCAAUCUAGCUGCUAUUAUCGAACGUCUGCAGGAAAAGGAGAGGCACGCUGCGGAGGUACGCAGGAACAAGGAACUCCAGGUGGAACUGUCUGGCUAAAGCGAUGGCGGGUACGGCGCGCCCCACCUCUAGUAAAUCCCCCUGCCUAUAUUACCAUGGAUCACGCGGUAUCAGUAUGGGAAAUGUAUGACAUGGUUUAAAAAGAACUCACUAUAAAAAAAACACACACACACAAAACAGAAACAAAAAUAAAAAUAAAAAAAAUAAAAAAAAAUC